ACACCCCCGGCUCAGCCGCCACCGCGGGGGGGGCCGCGGGGGGGCUGGGGGCCGCCGUGUCCUGGGCUGUCACCGGUGUCACCUCCCUGACGGCGCGGCUGAUGGGGGGCGAGGGGGGGGCGGCCCCCGCACAGCCCCCCCCCACGCAGGGACCCCCGCAGACCCCGGCCGAAGGCCCCGCAGCCCCCCCAAAAGAGCCCCCCCCAGAGGAGAACCCCCCCGAGGAGCCCCCUCUGGAAGAUGGCGAUGGGUGGGAUGACGACUGGGGCAGUCUGGAGGACAUGGAGCUGCCCCGGAGCCCCCCCGCCAGCAGCCCGGAGGAAGUGGGGACCCCCCCGGAGCCCCCCACCCCCACAGAGCCCCCCCCCAGCGCCCCCCCCCCCAGCCGGGGGGGGGGAUGA